CGCGCCUGGCCGGCCGACGCCGGGCGGUGUGGGCGGUGCGUGCGCGCGCCCGCGGGCCACGUGGGGCGCCGCGCCGUUGGCCCCGCCCCGCGCGGCCCCGCCCCGCCCGCCCGGCGUCGGCUGCGUCUCCGGCAUUUGAAUUGCGCUUCCGCCAUCUUUCCAGCCUCAGUCGGACGGGCGCGGAGACGCUUCUGGAAGACAACGCCGCGAUGGCCGCGCAGGGAGAGCCGCAAGUGCAGUUCAAACUGGUGCUGGUCGGCGACGGCGGCACCGGGAAGACGACCUUCGUGAAGCGCCACCUGACCGGCGAGUUCGAGAAGAAGUAUGUAGCCACGCUGGGCGUCGAGGUGCACCCGCUCGUGUUCCACACCAACCGGGGGCCCAUCAAGUUCAACGUGUGGGACACAGCCGGCCAGGAGAAGUUCGGCGGCCUGCGGGACGGCUACUAUAUCCAAGCCCAGUGUGCCAUCAUCAUGUUUGACGUGACGUCCAGAGUGACCUACAAGAACGUGCCCAACUGGCACAGAGACCUGGUGCGCGUGUGUGAGAACAUCCCCAUUGUGCUGUGUGGCAACAAGGUGGAUAUCAAGGACAGGAAAGUGAAGGCAAAAUCCAUUGUCUUCCACCGAAAGAAGAAUCUCCAGUACUAUGACAUUUCUGCCAAAAGUAACUACAACUUUGAGAAGCCCUUCCUCUGGCUUGCUAGGAAGCUCAUUGGAGACCCCAACCUGGAGUUUGUUGCCAUGCCUGCUCUCGCCCCGCCAGAGGUGGUCAUGGACCCGGCAUUGGCAGCGCAGUAUGAGCACGACCUAGAGGUUGCUCAGACGACCGCCCUCCCGGAUGAGGACGACGACCUGUGAGGAAGCGAGGCUGGAGCCCGGCGUCAGAAGUCUAGUUUUAUAGGCAACUGUCCUGUGAUGUCAGCGGGGCCGCGUGUGGGCCAUCUUCUUGUCUAGCUAAGCAGAACAUGUGCUUCAUCUGUGGGAUGCUGGAGAUGAGUGGGCUUGGGUGAAUGUAGCAGUUAACAAACACCCUGGUCUGUUGGACCUGCGGAUUAGCUGUUGGGAAUGCAAUGGUCUUCUCAAGUUUCCAGCACAAGACUGCUAGCAGUCACGUCACAGUAUCCAGUGAGAAACAUUGUUUGUUACUGUCAUUCCCAUUCCUUUUCGUUUAGAAUCAGAAUAAAGUUGUAUUUCAAAUAUCUAAA